AUGGACAAGUCCAGGAAAGUGUUUACUGAUCUCCUAGAGAAUGCAGCAGUAGCUGCCAGCUCAUUGCCUCGUGAUCAACUGCUUUUUCAGUACAAGGGAAUUCCCUACCCUACCACUUUUUGCAGUCCUGAAGCAUUAAAAGCCUUGGAGUCCUUUGAAGCCAGAAGUGAUGAUGUAAUUUUGGCAGGAUACCCUAAAUCCGGCACAAACUGGCUAAGUCAAAUCUUAAAUGACCUGAUAGACAUAUCUCAAAAAAAAACACCGGGUAGGGAAGGCAGUGCGAAUGCCAAAGAACUAGCAGAAUUCCCCUACCUUGAAGUUGGAGAUGCUGAGAAAUAUGAGCGAAUGACCAAAUUACCUUCUCCGAGAUUUAUAGUUACUCAUCUCCGUCCUGAAAAUCUCCCCAAGUCUAUCUUCAAAAACAAAGUCAAGAUACUGUUGUUGAUUCGUAAUCCAAAAGAUGUAGCUACAUCUUUUUACCAUUUUUCCAAUAGUAUGGCUAGUCUUCCCUCCUAUGAGACCUGGGAUGAUUUCUUCACAGAUUUCACGACAAAGAAAAUGGGCUGGGGAUGCUACUUAGAAUACCUUUCUGAAUGGAACAAAUACAUUGACAAAGAAAAUAUUAUGACAGUAACCUAUGAAGAGGUAAAAGAGAAUCGUGCCCUGUCUGUGAAAAACAUAGCUGCUUUCUUUGGAAUUCCUCUGACUGAGGAAGAGCUCCAGCUUGUGGUAGAGAGGAGCAGCUUCCAGUCUAUGAAGAAAAACUCAGAGAAGACCCAUGGGUCAAUGGGCAAUAUUUUCUUUCGAAAAGGUGGUGUAAGUGACUGGAAGAAUCUUUUCAGUGAAGAUCAGAAUAAGAAAAUGGAUAAAGUAUUUGAAGAACUUUUAGGAGGAACUAAACUUGGAAAAAAGUUGAAGUAUGACUUGUACUGUAAAGCCUGA